CUUGCUUUUAGUGGUAAUAUCUUCUCUUCUUUUUUUCUAUUGCUUUCAUUUAAAAUAUUUUUGUAUUCUAUUUCUAUAUCAUGUCAUCGUAGGGUGAAAUGCCUGAGGCUCCACAAAACAGUGGAAAUCCAAUAAUGAGCAGGAAAAUUACAUAUAACGAAUCACAAUAAUGCAAAUCCUAAAUAGUAGGCCUACCAUUUAAAUUAACAACCCAUCCGGGUUAUGUGUAAGUCCCACAUGAGGUCCCUGCACUGUCGUGCCCUGAAGGAACCUGGGCCCAGGUCCUAUUUCAACCACUUGUUCAUACCAGUGCCUUGCAGCAGGCUCUUGUCCCUUCUUGCAAAGAAAACAUGAAUCAGCUUUACAGAGACAAACCAGCCAAACCACAGCUUAUCGCCGGAUUCAUGUUUAUUCAACUGUUGAUUGAUUCAAAUGUUUUUAUUUAAACAUUGAAAAAUGCACAAAGAACAUAACCCUUAUGAUAAAAAAAAGUGACUUGUUCUAUGUUUUACGCCACCCAAGAACACUUCAAAAGCUUUAAUUGUAUUAAAGUGCUUCAUCACAUGGCAGGGUUUAUGGGGAUUGGUGUAGAGAUCAAGCCCAGGCUACUCAGUGGGCUAAGCGGAUUGUUUCAAGGCGGGCAGUGAUGAUGUCAAAUCACCAGAUGCGAUGAUGUCAAAUCAAAUCAACAGACGCCAUGAUGUCGAAUCACCAGACGAAACAUCCGAUACAUUCCAGGGGUCUCUGGGAGUGUAUUGUGCGUAGGAAUACUUUUACAAAUUAUGCUGUCCCUGAGUAAAAAAAAAAAGUAUUGGUCCAACUCUUGUCAAAACACCAUUGAAUAUUUACACAAUUUACAUCUAGCCAUAUUAUCUGCACUUAGCUGCCUUUCCGACCUAUGGUGUCGGAGGGUAAUACAGUUGGCACAACACUGGAACCCGAUAUGCUCGUCUGUGACCACAAGCCUUGCCCGCUGUGUCUGUGUAAACUACUGCUUGAGAAUGGAUGUACUGGCUGUUCCGACAGACAGGCAGAAAGGUUGGUAUUUGUCUCUAAUGGCCCCCAACACCAAAGGACCAACGUUUGCCUGGCUUGACCCUUCCAGACUCUACUGCAACUCCCAGGCUCUAGCAGACUGUAUGAAAGACCUUCUCAGCCCCUUCCAGAAUGACAGUGUGGACCUGGUAGCUGGCAUAGAUGCAAUGGGAUUUAUUCUUGGGGCCUCUGUGGCCACCACUCUGGGGAAGGGGUUCCUGGCCAUCCGUAAGGCCGGCCACCUCUGCAUAGCAACCCAGAGCCAGCAAUACACUGACUACUCAUGCCGGGAAAAAAACAUGGAAGUACGCCUUGAUGUGCUCAAGCCAGGUCUCAGAGUGUUAUUAGUGGACCAGUGGAUAGAGACCGGAGGCACGAUGAAGGCGGCCAUUCAACUAGUGGAGCAGCUGGGAGCCAUCGUUGUAGGUGUGGCUGCAGUCGCAAUUGAGAACACAGAAGGAGGAAAAUGGAUAAAGAAACAUUACAAACACGCCCAUUGCAUCCCAGAGAAACUCCAAGAACAAAUUGAUCGCCAACACCUUGAGUUGUUAGGCGUUGAAAAAACGCCAAUUACUCUCACAUAUUAGGAAGAAUAAGACAGAGAUCAUUUUUACGUCAAUUUACAAUAUUUGUA